AUGGUUGGCGGGAGCGAAGUUAAAAUCAACUUCUUGAACGGCCAUAUCACCGUAAAGAAGACAAAGGAAAACUUUUACAUUGGCGAAUUUGUGUUAGAUUUCGAAAACAAUUAUCAUGUUUGUGUCCACUCCAACCAGCCUUACAAAAAAGCUUUCUAUAACGGCUAUGUCGACAAACUAGAGACCUUAACAACUGUUUUAAACAUUAUCAGUAUCAUAUCUUUGUUGUUCUUGUUUGUGCUUUACAUUUUAGUUCCCGAAUUACGCACACUUCCAGGUUUGAAUAUUAUGAACACAACCUUUUCUCUUUUCUGUAUGCAAAUAACUUACACAGUGGCAAACGUUUUACGAAGGUCAACCUUGCUUUGUCAGAUAACAGGUGUAAUUUUGCACUAUUUCUGGCUAACCCUAUGUUGUUGCCUUUUUAUCUGCUCUCUUCAUAUGUUUAGGACCUUUUCUUCGUACAGACAGGAUGCAAUUAAUGGCCAAAAUAUAAAAGCAAUGUUUACUUUUUACGUUUUCUUUUGUUACUUUAUUCCCUUUGUAAUUGUUGGUGCUAAUAUAAUUUCCACGUUUGCUUUUCAAGGGAACAUUGGAUAUGGGAAAUACUUGUGUUUCGUUGAAAACCUCAUACAAAACAUCGCCACUUUUGUUGUUCCUUUAAGUGUCACAUGUACAGUUAAUUCUGUCUUGUUUAUUCUUACUCUUCUUAAUAUCAAAUUUGCUCAAAACAUCAGAAAAUCUAAAGAGAACAAAUCGGAGCUCCUAAUUUCAAUCAAACUAUUCAGUCUGACUGGAACAGUAUGGAUACUUCAGGUGCUGGAUAGUUUUUCACAGAUUUCAGUUUUUUCGUUUGUGGUUACAUUUCUGACAUCUUUGCAAGGUCUUUUUAUUUUCCUAAGUUUUUCUAGUUCUUCAAGAAUUUUAAACUACAUAAAAUCCCUCUUGUGGAAAAGAAAUAUUCACAGAAUAGGAGAUGAAGAAAGCAAAUACACAGCUUCGGGUGGUUCAAGUUGCACUAAAGGAGUUAUUUCAAACCAGCAGGGAAGUUCAUCGGCGACAAUUCUACCUUAA